GCCAAGGCACAAAUAACAAGCUCACUCAGCUGGGCUCAUUUGAGGACCACUUCCUGAGCCUGCAGAGGAUGCUGAACAACUGUGAGGUGGUCCUUGGGAACCUGGAAAUUACCUAUAUGCAAAGGAAUUACGACCUUUCCUUCUUAAAGACCAUCCAGGAGGUGGCCGGCUACGUCCUCAUCGCCCUCAACGUGGCGGAGACGAUCCCGCUGGAAAACCUGCAGAUCAUCAGAGGGAACGUGCUCUUCGAAAACACGCACGCCUUGUCGGUCCUGUCCAACUACGGGGCAAACAAAACGGGGCUGCGGGAGCUCCCCAUGAGAAACCUGCAGGAAAUCCUGCAAGGCGCCGUGCGAUUCAACAACAACCCCCUCCUCUGCAAUGUGGAGACCAUCCAGUGGCGGGACAUCGUGGACAGCACUUUCCUGAGCAACAUGUCGCUGGACUUUCAGAACCAGAUGAGCAGCUGCCCAAAGUGCGACCCAAGCUGUCCCAACGGGAGCUGCUGGGGUGCGGGACAGGAGAAUUGCCAGAAACUGACCAGGAUCGUGUGUGCCCAGCAGUGCUCCAGGCGCUGCCGUGGCAGGUCGCCCAGCGACUGCUGCCACAGCCAGUGUGCGGCCGGCUGCACCGGGCCGCGGGAGAGCGACUGCCUGGUCUGUCACAAGUUCCGGGACGAAGCCACGUGCAAGGACACCUGCCCGCCGCUCAUGCUGUACAACCCCACCACGUACGAGAUGGACGUCAACCCGGAGGGCAAAUACAGCUUCGGCGCCACCUGCGUGAAGAAAUGUCCCCGUAACUAUGUGGUGACAGACCACGGCUCGUGCGUCCGCGCCUGCAGCUCUGACAGCUACGAGGUGGAGGAGGACGGGGUUCGCAAGUGUAAGAAGUGCGAAGGGCCUUGUCGCAAAGUUUGCAACGGAAUAGGAAUUGGUGAAUUUAAAGACACACUUUCCAUAAAUGCUACGAAUAUCAAACACUUCAAAAACUGCACCUCCAUCAGUGGGGACCUCCACAUCCUGCCGGUAGCUUUCAAGGGUGACUCUUUCACUCACACCCCGCCUCUGGACCCGAAGGAACUGGACAUUCUGAAAACCGUGAAGGAGAUAACAGGGUUUUUGCUGAUUCAGGCCUGGCCAGAAAACAGGACUGACCUCCAUGCUUUCGAGAACCUGGAAAUCAUACGUGGCAGAACAAAGCAACAUGGCCAGUUUUCUCUCGCGGUCGUCGGCCUGCACAUCACGUCGCUGGGACUACGCUCCCUCAAGGAGAUAAGUGACGGAGACGUGGUCAUCUCGGGGAACCAGAAGUUGUGCUACGCAGACACCAUACGCUGGCAAAACCUAUUUGGGACCUUCAGCCAGAAAACCAAGAUUAUAAACAAUAGGAAUGGACGAGACUGCCAGGCCGCGGGCCAUGUCUGUAACCCACUCUGCUCGUCAGAGGGCUGCUGGGGCCCGGAGCCAAAGGACUGUGUGUCCUGCAGGAACGUCAGCCGUGACCGGGAGUGCGUGGAGAGGUGCAACCUCCUGGAGGGCGAGCCCAGGGAGUUUGUGGAGAACUCUGAGUGCGUGCAGUGCCAUCCAGAAUGCCUGCCCCAGGCCAUGAACGUAACCUGCACGGGACGCGGACCAGACAAGUGUGUAAAGUGUGCCCACUACAUCGAUGGCCCCCACUGUGUCAAGACCUGCCCGUCUGGGAUCAUGGGAGAAAACAACACGCUGGUCUGGAAGUUCUCAGAUGCCAAUCACGUGUGUCACCUGUGCCACCGAAACUGUACAUACGGCUGCGCUGGGCCGGGUCUCGAAGGCUGCACGUAUGGGCCCAGGAUCCCGUCCAUCGCCACCGGCAUCGUGGGCGGCCUGCUGCUGGUGGUGGUGCUGGCCCUCGGGGUCGUCCUCUUCCUGCGCAGGCGUUACAUCGUCCGGAAGCGCACGCUGCGCCGGCUGCUGCAGGAGAGAGAGCUCGUGGAGCCCCUCACGCCCAGUGGGGAGGCCCCCAACCAGGCUCUCCUGAGGGUCUUGAAGGAGACGGAGUUCAAAAAGAUCAAGGUGCUGGGCUCUGGCGCAUUCGGCACGGUGUACAAGGGUCUCUGGAACCCAGAAGGCGAGAAGGUCAAGAUCCCCGUGGCUAUCAAGGAGUUGCGAGAAGCCACGUCUCCAAAAGCCAACAAGGAAAUUCUUGAUGAAGCCUACGUGAUGGCCAGCGUGGACAACCCUCACGUGUGCCGCCUGCUGGGCAUCUGCCUGACCUCCACAGUCCAGCUGGUCACGCAGCUCAUGCCCUUCGGCUGCCUCCUGGACUAUGUCCGUGAGCACAAGGACAACAUGCUCCCAAGGAUGCGGAAGGUGAUGUACAGGACAAAGACGUUUGUGGGCUGCUCGGCUGGAGCAAAGCGCCAUCCUGGCGUUUAUGGGCCACGCGACCGCAGACGAGUGGCCUCGUCUUUCAGCGCCAAGUCUCUGGGGCUGCGCAUGGGCUUCUGCCACCCGUCUUCCUGGCUCCCCUCAGCCAGUCCAUGCUCUCCCGGGGGCCAGCUGGCGUCCGUGCCCUCACCCCAUGUUCCCGCGUUUCAGGGCAUGAACUACCUGGAAGACCGGCGUUUGGUGCAUCGUGACCUGGCCGCCAGGAACGUCCUGGUGAAGACGCCACAGCACGUCAAGAUCACAGACUUCGGGCUGGCCAAGCUGCUGGGCGCCGAGGAGAAGGAAUACCACGCGGAGGGAGGCAAGGUGCCUAUCAAGUGGAUGGCUUUGGAAUCGAUUUUACACCGAAUUUAUACCCACCAAAGUGACGUCUGGAGCUAUGGUGUCACCGUGUGGGAGCUGAUGACGUUCGGGUCCAAGCCUUAUGAUGGCAUCCCGGCGAGCGAGGUCUCGGCCCUGCUGGAGAAGGGAGAGCGCCUCCCGCAGCCGCCCAUAUGCACCAUCGACGUCUACAUGAUCAUGGUCAAGUGCUGGAUGAUAGAUGCAGAGAGUCGCCCCAAGUUCCGUGAGUUGGUCCUCGAAUUCUGCAAAAUGGCCCGAGACCCCCAGCGCUUCCUUGUCAUCCAGGGGGACGAGAGAAUGGACUUGCCCAGCCCCACGGACUCCAACUUCUACCGCGCCCUCAUGGAAGAGGAGGACAUGGAGGACGUGGUGGACGCGGACGAGUACCUGAUCCCGCAGCACGGCUUCUUCCACAGCCCCUCCACGUCCCGCACGCCCCUCCUGAGCUCCCUGAGUGCCACCAGCAACACUUCCGCCGUGGCUUGCAUCGACAGAAACGGGCAGAGCUGUCCCCUCAAGGAAGACAGCUUCUUACAGCGCUACAGCUCAGACCCCACCGGCGCCUUGACCGAGGAGAACAUCAACGACACUUUCCUCCCAGUGCCCGAAUACAUGAACCAGUCCAUCCCCAAAAGGCCCGCGGGCUCUGUGCAGAACCCGGUGUACCACAGUCAGCCCCUGAGCCCCGCCGCCGGCAGAGAGCCGCACUACCAGCACCCCCACAGCAGCGCCGUGGGCAACCCCGAGUAUCUCAACACCAUCCGCCCCGCCAGCGGCGACGGCCCUGCCCUCUGGGUGCAGAAAGGAGGCCACCACAUUAGCCUGGACAACCCUGACUACCAGCAGGACUUCCUGCCCAAGGAAGCCACGUCGAACGGCACGUUCAAGGGCCCGGCCGCCGAAAACGCAGAGUACCUGCGGGUAGCCCCGGCGAGCCGCGAGUUCACCGGCGCGUGACCCGGAGGCAGCGUCGGCCACCGCGAUCCGGGACCCGUCAGCCCCCAGGACCAAGCCACGGCAGCUACUCCAGUCCGACAGCCAUUCCCGCGCCAGCUCCUGGCCCCGGGGGCUGGCGUGGCCGCGUUCGCUCUGCCCAGCCCAUCUCUCAUCCAAGACGUGCCCUCUGCUCAGAUGUACUUCGGGACGUUGCAAGGAC